AAGGAACAACAAACCCUCUUCAGUGACAGACACAGACUGACAGAUUCCACAAACUAUUUUUCUUCAUUUUCUUGGAUAUUAUGGCUUUGAUUCCGCCGUGGACGAGAGACAAUGACAAGCGUUUUGAGUUAGCCCUGGUGAUAUUCCCUGAGGGCUCGCCGUAUUUUUUGGAGUACAUUGCCGAGUUUCUACAGAAACCUUUGGAGGAGGUGAAGUACUACUACGACGCAAUAUUGGUCUAUGAUGUUGUGCUGAUCGAAUCGGGUAAGUAUGCAUUACCCAAGUACCCGGAAGCCUAUUACGUGUCACUGACGGAAGCGACUGAGUCCAAACACGGGGAGACGAAUCAGAUACCGAGGAUAAUUCCUUGGACAGAAGAGGAACACAGGGAAUUUGUGACCUCAACACAAGUAGCAAGUCAUGCACAAAAGUAUGACAAAAGGCAAAAAUUGGACAGUAAGAAGAGGAAACGCUGGAGUGUCCUUGACAUAACUUUGGAGUCUACUAAGGGCAAGUCAGAUUUUGGGGAUGUUGAUGAUGAUGAUGUACUGAUGUAUAUAUCGGAUGAUGAUGAUUGAUGAACUGUAUAAGACCGGUUUGAACAAACUAUAAAUGUUUUGGGUUGCUUUGUAAAAGUAUAAAUGUUUUAAGACCCU